CUUGUUCAACAUCCAAGCUCGGGCCAGCAGAGGCAACUCCUCAACCAACAGUGACCUCCAGAGCGGCAGCAGCAUCUGCCAGACAACAUCCAGGCCUCAAACUUUUCUCAGUCAGGCUGCCAUGACAGCGACACAUCCUGCUCUCCAGCCUCCGGAAGUGACAGUUGGCCUUGCAGCUCCUUUCCUGUUCAAGCCCCCGUUCUCGCCCCCUCCUCUGGGCUCUUCUGCAGCAAGCGCCCGACCCCCGCGUCAGGCAAUGUGUGCAGAAACGCAGGACAAGGGCACAAAGAGAGCCUUGGUUUCACCCAUGAUGCCUCAGCCGCUCCACAUACAAG